AUGCAGGAUCGCAUCAAUCGGUUGGAGAACUUGGUGCUAGGGCUAAUGCAACAGAGUGCUCCAGAUUCUCAUGAAUCACCAUGUGAGUCCGGCCGAUUCGCAGAGCGGCUUGUCGGUCCACAUGAUUCAAACUUUGGUCGAAGGCUUUCUCGAAGUGGUUCUGAGGGCGAUGAGAGGUCGAAAUCUACGCGAGCUGAACAAAUCCAGGACGGAAUACCAUCCCCGUCCCCGUCUGACUAUGGCAGCGUCCGCAUUAAGGGGUCCGGUGUCAGCUACGUGAGCAGUGCACAUUGGACUGCUGUUCUGGACGGUAUUGCCGAACUCAGGGAUCAUUUUGAGCAGGAGGACAAUAACCACGUGGUUGCUUCCGAUGCAAUUCAGCCCCAAGUCAGCUUUCCCAGUAUCCAGCUUCUCUAUAGCGGGUGCCCUUUGCAUGUCACGCCGGCCUCAAUUCUCAAUUCGAUUCCCAUCCGACCUGUCGCUGAUCGAUUGGUCGCCCGCUACUUCAACUUCUUGGACAUGGCGCCAGGUAAGCAGAUCAUGACCGAGAUUAUCCAAGUAUCUGUAUUGACAGACCGUAAACCAGGCGUCCCACACAGCGACAAGUUUCUUCGUGAGGUAGGGACAUUUUCAUUUCACCUUCUCUGGAUUUUCAACACGUUACUAGUCACGAUCCGAGAGUUUCCUUCUACUAGUGCUGAUGAGAACAAUUAUGGGUACUCUCCGGGGUCCGCACAACCCCAGGAGGGCGAUGCCGCGAUUUCAACGUUCCGAGACAAUAUGAUACACUGUCUGAUACUUGGUCACUACACAAAGGGAGGGCCUUACGUGUUAGAGACUUUGAUUCUCUAUUUUAUGGUGGAAGUUUUUUCCGCCAAAGAUACUGAAGCCGGCACUCGAAUCUUAGUUGGAAUUAUCGUUGAGAUUGCGAUGCACAUGGGCUACCAUCGCGACGCCAAGCAUUUUCCCAACAUUUCUCCAUUUGAAGGAGAGAUGAGGAGGCGCAUUUGGGCCCUGAUAGUGCAGCUGGAUUUUAGUAUCUCAACUCAAGUGGGACUUCCCCGGAUCAUCAAAGAAAACCAGACCGAUGUAGCCGAACCCAGAAAUCUGGCUGACUCUGACUUGAACGAAUUCACCGCUGAACUCCCACCGUCCCGACCCGAAAAUGAAGUGACACCCACCCUCUACACCCUCGCAAAACUCAGACUUCUUUCUGUUGGGGUAAAGGUUGCUGAUGUUGCCACCGAGCCUCGACCAUAUUCGUACGCGCAUGUCCUUCAGCUCGAUAAGGAAAUCGAUGAGGCGCGUGAGGCACUACCAUCAAGCAUGAAAUGGGUCAGUCUCGCCUCGUCUCUGUCAGUCUCUUCACAGGUCAUCAUUCAGAGAAUAUGGCUAGAAGUCAGUGUCCAACGCUUGAAGAUCGUUUUGCACAAGCAGUUCAUGGUUGCUUCACCUCUUCAGCAACAAUACGAAUAUUCAGCUUCCGCCUGCUUAGUGUCUGCCAAAAAAAUCCUCGAGCUGCAACAUCUAAUCGAUGAAGAGACUCAAUUAAAUGGUCGACUGUACCAGAGCCGUUGGAGGGUGACUGCCUCGUUUAUUCAUGACUUCCUACUUGCUACUAGUAUUCUCUGUAUCUAUCUCCAGGCUCGCCAAUCAGAACAGGCAAGGGAUCACAUUACUUCUGGAGAGGAAAAAUCUUUACCUGUGGACAUUGACGGGCUGAAGCAACUGCUGAGGAAGACACAAGCGAUUUGGCUUCGGGAAAGUGAGACGUCUAGGGAAGCUCGAAAAGCUGCAUCAGCCUUAAACUAUGUUAUUGGCGCCCCUGGGGCCAGUCCAGAUCCAUAUUUGCUUGCACAGCGGCUUGGUUUAUCUUUUCAAGGACUCUCACCAACGAUACUGGGGUUUGAACUUCCUGGGUUUAAUCCUGAAGCGCCCAAUAGUUGUCUAUCUUGGCAGGAUUUUGCACCACGCAUGGAUAAUGCGGGCGAGUCGUACAUGGACAUUAACACCCUUCAGUAG